AUGGUGGCUGCUGCAAAGACGGUGAACAGCGUCGCUGGUCGCGUGAGGCAUGUCUCCAAGCGACUCAUUGUCUCUUAUAUCUUCGACUGGAUUUUGAUACUGGGCACGGCAGGUGUCGGUGGCGGCUUCAGCCAGAUCGAUGGGGCAAGACAUGCAUUUUCGCUACAGGAUCCAAACAUAUCGUUCCCUUACCAUGGAGACACAGUGUCAACGGCUGUCUUGAUCGUCGUGGGUCUCGUUGCACCCGGCGUCAUCACCGCCAUCAUCUCGUUGCUAUUCGUCCCAGGCCCGACAGCGCACCGUUCCACGCCCAGAGCACUGAUUUGGCGCCGCAAGAUAUGGGAAUGGAAUACCGCGUGGAUGGGACUUGGACUUGCGCUUGCUGGAGCAUUCAUGAUCACAGAGGGUCUGAAGGACCUUACUGGAAAACCGCGGCCGUUCAUGCUGGCCGUGUGUGACCCGGAUACCAGUCCUGAAGCCAUCCGAAGAUACCAGGUCGGCGGGUUGGGAACAUCCUUGAGUUCGGCCGUGCCGGUCGUGGUGGACUGGCACAUCUGUCGCAAUACCGACAAGGACAAGAUGCGUAAUGCCUUCGCGAGCUGGCCGUCGGGCCAUUCGAGUUUCAGUUGGGCUGGCAUGCUAUACCUCACUUUAUUUCUCUGCGCCAAGUUCGCCGUGCAGAUUCCCUUUCUACCACAGACAUCUACACCAAACAGCCGUGGCCACAUCUCGACUUUUGAGGAAGAAAACAACCGCGAUCAUGAUCAUCCGCGGUCCAAGGCAUCUUUGCCUUCAUCCAGCUUCUCUUCUGAUCAUCACCCGAUCCCUCCCCGCAACGAGGCCGCUGCGCCGCCGAUUUAUUUACUGAUCCUGGCAUUUGUCCCCAUUGGCGUCGCGUUCUUUAUCUCACUAUCGCGGUGGUACGAUUACCGACACCACGGCUUCGAUAUCAUCUCCGGCUCGUUGAUUGGUAUUUUCAUGGCCUGGUUUGGCUUCCGCUGGUACCAUCUCCCGAUUCGAGGAGGCAGUGGAUGGGCUUGGGGUGCAAGGAGCCGUGAACGCGCCUUCUGGCUGGGAGUCGGCCGCGCGAACUAUGUCGGAGAUGAAGGGUGGGAAACGGCAAAGUUGGCGCGUCGACACGACUUGGAGUCGGCUGAGCAGCACAUUACUGGGCCUGGUCUGCCUGAUCAGCGCGAGGCCACAGAAACGGCCGUGAUUCAUGGAGCAGAUUCCGGACCAUACGAAGAGAGACCUGGGAAUAGAGUCCAAGUUUGA